AUUAAUAUGUAAAUUUUGUCAAGAUGUUUCAUUUUUCUUAAUUAAUAAGUGACUUUUUAGUAUUUACACAUGUCAAAUUCUAUGUGAUUAUCAGUGUUAUUCAAUACACUGAGUUUGAUAUCCUUAAUAAUUUGAAAAAGAAACCAAGAAAAAAAGAAAUAAAUCACCUGACCUAAUCUAUAGUUGCCAGUGUCUCUUCAGAUAGAACGUAUGUGUCAUGAGACUAGAAGAUUUUUUUAAUUGAAUUAUUAUGAAUCUGUAAUUUUUGAUUGUAUUAUAUGCCAUCUUCAGGAACACUCAAUGACUGCUUGCCUGAUAUAGCUUUGUGCCCUUUAAAUGCAUCCAGUGCUUCUGAUAGUACACAUGAAAGUGAACCAUUAAUAAAUCAAAUGGAUUCCGAACCUUGCUGUAGUAUCAACUGCUUCCCCGAGGACCUUCAAUUCUCUGCUAUCGUUCGGGAAGCUGAACAUGCUAUUGUUCAUGGGGUGAUACCUGAGCGCAUUUACCAGGGCUCGAGUGGAAGUUACUUUGUUAAAAACAUUAACAAUAAGAAGAUUGGAGUAUUUAAACCUAAAGAUGAAGAACCUUAUGGACGACUCAACCCCAAAUGGACGAAAUGGAUGCACAAGAUUUGUUGUCCGUGCUGCUUUGGACGUAGUUGUCUAGUACCGAACCAGGGAUAUCUCUCGGAAGCUGGAGCUUCCCUAGUAGAUCAGAAGCUUCAGCUGAAUAUAGUCCCCAAAACCAAAGUUGUGCAUCUAGUCGGUGAAUCUUUCAAUUAUUCUACUCUAGACAGAGCCAAAUCCCGGACUAAAAGAAAUAUAAUUGAGAAGUUCCCAAGAUACCGCUGUCACUUCAAUCGAAUUGGACUGCCUCCAAAGGUUGGAUCAUUUCAACUCUUUGUCGAUGGGUAUCUUAAUGCCGAUCAGUGGUUGCGAAUAUUUGAUUCAGAUCCCCUUCCAGAACACUUGCAGAAACAAUUCCAUUCUCAGUUCGAAAGGCUUGUCGUGUUAGAUUACAUUAUUAGAAAUACUGACCGAGGUAAUGAUAAUUGGCUCAUUAAAUACCAAAAACCUGAUCCAUCCAAUGAAAAUGACAAAGGCGAGAUUAAGAUUGCAGCAAUUGAUAAUGGAUUAGCUUUUCCUUUUAAGCAUCCCGAUUCUUGGAGGGCUUAUCCUUUUCAUUGGGCGUGGUUGCCCAUGGCAAGAAUACCCUUCUCUUCAGAAACCAGAGAUUUAGUUUUGCCACAGCUCUCUGACAUGAAUUUUGUCCAGGAGCUUUGCAAUGAUCUUUUUGAAUUAUUCAAGAUGGAUAGAGGAUUUGAUAGAAAUAUUUUUGAGAAGCAAAUGUCUGUUUUGCGAGGCCAGAUCCUGAAUUUGACUCAAGCCUUGAAAGAUGCAAAGUCUCCUCUCCAGUUGGUUCAGAUGCCUGCAGUUUUGAUUCAGAGAAGCAGAGGAAGAGAUAAAGGACGUUCAAGAGGAGGAAGUGAUAAUUUUACACAGACUUUCCAAAGCAAAUCUCCGUUCUUCUCCUGGUGUUAAGACGUUCAGUCUGAUUUUUUUUCCUAUUGAAAUAGAAUAUUUUAUUUAUGUUUCUGCACUGUUAUUUUUGUUGGUACUGUCAUUCCGAAACAAACAUCUUGAACAAAAUUAUGUUUUUUCUUCUCUAAGACAUUCCUAAACAAUAUAUUGUUUAUGAGAUUAUAUUUUUUUGUCUUUGUUUACAUCUGAAUAUUUGAAUGAAAACAAUAUUCUAAUAUGCUUUGGAAGUGCCAUUGGUAUAGCAUGCUUUUUUUUAACAAAUAAAUUUAAUUCAAUAAAUUCUAUAAAAUAUAUUGCUAUGUCCCAAAGAUAAUGUUUACGAAUUCUUCACAAAAUAUUGUCUUUGCCAUGCUUUUUGUGAUUUUAGCAAUUAAUAUGAAAUGAUUUCUAAAGUAAUGCCGAAGAAAAUCUGCCACAAGUUUUAUCUUCUUUUAAAUGAAGUUAAUAUUUUGUUGAUUAUAGGAUAGUUAUUUUGCAUGCUAUUUUAAUAUAUUAUAUGCAAUAUUUUAAUAUUUGUGAUCUUGUUAGAAAAAAUUCUUUUAGGUAUCACUUCUGAGGAUAUAGAUUUUUGUAAAGAAAUCUACUUUUCAGCACUGAUUAUAAACUAUUUUCUUCAAUAACUCAAUAAACUUGUUUUAAAUCUUAUCAAGUGUAUGUUUCACUAUUAGAUAAUAUGGUUUUAAUAUAUUAAUAAUCCAAUUAUUUUUAAAUUAUCAAUAUACUUAAUGAAACGACUGUAUUUUAUGUUGCAUUCUUUAUUCCCCUUGUACUGAUUGGUAAUAUAAAGCAGGUCUGUGUGUCACAAGAAUCCUAACCAGUGAAUAGUUGUAACAGAUAAAUUGCACGUGUGAUUCUCGGAUUCAUUUCUAUAUUGAUCCUUGUAAUAUAUAAUAAAAAUUAAGCCAACUUUC